AUGGUCAUCGGCUUUCUUCACACGUAUUCUUCUGCUCUCCUACUGCUCCCUCCGCCAAUCUACAUGAUUUCUCUCCAUAAAGUAUUUGGCAACUUUGCGCUCUUUGUUCAUGCCCAUGAGGUUUUCGAUGAAAUACCACCACCGUCCAUACCCAAACCCUCCCCACCGAUAUCAAUCGACUGUCCUCCACCGCCUGCUUCCCCUAGCUCCGGUGGAAGUGGUGGUGGAAGUGGCUACUACUACCCACCUCCACCAAACUCCGAUCAGGGUCCUUACUACACCUACCCACCACCAUACAGCAAUUACCCGACACCAGGACCACCCAACCCAAUUAUGCCAUACUUCCCUUACUACUAUUAUAGCCCUCCACCACCUGGACCUUCCGCCGCCGAUGUUCUUCUGUAUGGACCUCCUGGUACUGGAAAGACCUUACUAGCUAGAGCAAUUGCUACCAACAUAGAUGCUAAUUUCUUGAAGGUUGUAUCAAGUGCGAUUAUUGAUAAGUACAUUGGAGAGAGUGCAAGAUUGAUCAGGGAGAUGUUCAGCUAUGCACGUGAUCACCAACCGUGCAUUAUAUUUAUGGAUGAAAUUGAUGCGAUUGGUGGGCGUCGUUUUAGUGAGGGAACCAGUGCUGAUCGUGAAAUCCAGAGAACACUCAUGGAGUUGCUGAAUCAGCUUGAUGGAUUUGAUCAGCUUGGAAAUGUGAAAAUGAUUAUGGCAACAAACAGACCGGAUGUUCUUGAUCCAGAUCUUCUUCGUCCAGGUCGAUUAGACAGAAAAAUAGAGAUUCCACUUCCAAAUGAGCAAUCCAGAAUGGAAAUCCUUAAAAUUCAUGCUGCUGGAAUUGCUAAACAUGGUGAAAUCGAUUAUGAAAUAGAUGAUGGAUUGGGAGCUUUAAUGGUGGGAAGUUUUCGUGGAGAUGACACGUCAUCAAGUACAGACAAUUCACAAAAUCAAGAUGCAGAUGCUGACAUGGAAGAUAAAGAAACCUAA